AUGUCCCAACUCUCAACUGAUGCCAUGGCUCAUGGCUCGGCAGCCAUUGGCAACAACAAGAAGCCUACCGCCUGGCAUGGGGCUGGAGCUGCCGAGUUCGACCUCCGAAGCGAUACAAUGACGAAGCCUACGCCAUCGAUGCUCGAAGCGAUUUGCCAAACAACUCUUCUGGACGAUGUUUUCAAUGAGGAUCCGGUGACCAAUGACCUGCAGAGCUAUGUUGCCGAGAUCGCCAAGCAUGAAGCGAGUUUGUUGGUCCUUUCCGGUACAAUGGGAAAUCAGGUGGCCAUUCGCUCGCAUCUCGCGCAGCCACCUCAUUCAGUGUUGUGUGAUCAUAGAUCUCACAUCAUUUGUUAUGAGGCAGGUGGUGUGAGUGCCUGGACUGGUGCUACUGUCAGCCCUGUUAUCCCACAAAAUGGGGUGUAUUUGACUUUGGAAGAUAUCAAAAAGCAUGCAGUUCUUAGUGACAAUAUUCAUUAUUGCCCAACCAAGUUGAUCAGUUUGGAGAAUACCCUCGAUGGAAUGAUUAUGCCGCUCGCUGAGGUGAAGCGGAUUGUGGAAUGGGCUCACGCUCAUGACAUCAAAGUUCACCUAGAUGGUGCCCGGUUGUGGGAGGCCGUUGUGGCCGGUGCUGGGAGCUUGCCCGAAUAUACGAGCCUCUUUGAUAGCGUUAGUCUUUGCUUUUCAAAGGGGCUUGGGGCACCCAUUGGAAGUAUUAUUGUCGGCUCCCAAGAGUUUAUCAAUAAAGCGCGCUGGUUCCGGAAAUCUAUUGGUGGCGGUGCGCGACAGACGGGUGUGAUUGCUGCUGCCGCUCGCGUUGCACUCACUGAAACUUUCGGCACGGACCCUAAAGGCCAGACUGGAAAGCUUGCAGCAACGCAUGAGAAGGCGAAGCAUGUAGCCAAUCUGUGGACUAGCCGUGGUGGCAAGCUGCAGUACCCCCUGCAUACUAAUAUGGUUUGGUUGGACCUCGAGGCGUCCGGAGUGGGGCCAAAUGACCUGGCAGAGAUUGGACAGCAAAAAGGGUUAAAAUUGAUGGGUGGCCGCGUGGUGGUCCAUUACCAGGUAUCUGACGAAGCGAUUGCACGGCUGGAACAAGUGUUUGAUACUGCGCUGAAGGGUGAUUUCAAACGAAGUGAAGAUACUAGCAAGCCAUAUGGAACUAAAUAG